GUGAAUGGGAGUGUAUAUCUCGUCCACAACUGGGGCAAUGCCCGAGGUCGCAUCCACCUGGAGGCGAACUCAGGCCAGAUAUAUUUGAUAUCACCUGAUAAAAAAAGGUCAGGCCGCCAAAUUCAGCCGCAUUUACACAAAGUUGAAAACAACGAAACCAGGCAAGAGCAAGUCGACGCACGCUCGGCUAGUGGCCACUUUGGUGGGUACUCCGAACGGCGCGAACUUGUAGACUCAAACGAUCUGAAAAAUGACAAUACAAAUGUCUGCAGCUUCGGCGAGGAAGUCGGGGUUACAGAGUCAACAAAGUGCCAAUUGACUUCCGAGAUUUUGGCUUUUGGUGUGGUGGGGUUUCGAGCAUGGUCAGAAGAUAGCAUCAAUAAUGACAAUGUAGGCAACGAGAGUACUCUCCUUCUUCAUGAGCAGCCGGUGGCUGUGUAUGCUCAGGUAGGCGAUAUUAAUAUGUUUCUCUAUCCCCCAUUAUGUUGUUUCGCCUCAAAGAAUUGA